AUGAAUGAGUCGGUGCCUGAUACUCCCGUUCGGGACAAUAACCCUGCGCCAGGCACACCUGACCAGGGCGACUACGAGACAAUCGCCACCCUGCCUGCGCAUUCAUACACGCCUUCCCAGCGAUUGACGCAGCCUACUCAGCUAGUCGACAUGUCCUACUCUCACCCGAACAAUAGUGCCGUCAUUCAGGUGGCCGCCUCGUCACCCCCUGCCCCGGCCCAUUCACCACCUCGUCGCGGAGGCCUUUUAUCUUCUCUCAUGGCCCCUUCUGGGACUCAAUUCCGUCUUCCCAACACCCUCGGUCCUGCGAAAAGAACACCCAUCUUCGAUCCCGACGAUGGUCCAACAUAUCGAGGAGGGUCCUCAGAGGACGACGAACAUUACACUGUCCGAAACGGCGACAUCAAGCCCGCCAUGUUUGAAAAAGCUCGCAGCCCGGAGAAGGAGAAGAUUGCGGAGUCCCCUGUGCGUUAUGCGGCUGGCCCCAUGGAUCGCUUCAAGGAAAUCACCGCCUCCGCCAUGUUUGACCCCUAUGCGAACGCCAUGAAACGCUCUGCCGACCAGAUGAGCGCCGCCGGCGCUCCCAAGGGACUCGCCACGAAGAGACCCCGCCAGGAUGCGCCUUCCCGCGCCCAGCCCGUGACUGCCCUAGGCCCGGAUGUUAGUAUCACUGACUACCGGGUGCAAGUCAAGGUUGAUCGCAUCCAGAAGGUCAUGCCCGGCAAGUCAAACCAGGAAUGUGUCGAUGCGCUCAUGCGAACCAACGGAAACUUUGACGACGCAAUGAACUACCUCGCCAACAGUGACAUGGGCAACGACCCAGUGCACAAUGUCAUCCCAAUAGACUCUUCUGACGACGAAUUGAGCGCGUCGCCAGCUCCUAUGGGAGGUGCUUUCCCCAUUGCUAAGCAGAAGAUCAAGGCUCGUGGCACCAUUCACGACAAAUGGGCUGCUAUGAAUCUACCGGCGGGAACGACCCAGAGAGAGCCUUUGGACGAAGCAAAGCCUCGAGGCCGUCUCAAAUCGGGAUUCCUCCCCCCUGGUGCUAUUUUCAUCAACUCCGACGACUCUCCUCCCAAGAAGCUGCUCAGUCGACUCCAGAAGGGCCGACGACGACUGCCCUCUGCAUCCCCCGAGGCAAACUUUUCCGACUCCGAUGAUUCGGAUGUUCAGGCCGAGGAUUCCACCGCUGGCGGUUUGGAUGACAAGGUUCUGAAGUUCUUCAACACCUGUGACGUUCGCGACCUUGCCGACAUCGCCGCUGUCCCUCAGGAGACAGCCAAGUUGAUCACUGACAACCGUCCGUUCCACUCUCUUGACCACAUUCGCUCAGUUAGUGCGCCUGUCGACGAGAGUGCUAAGCCGAAAGGCAAGGGCAAGCCUCGGAAGCCCCCGAAGCCUAUCGGGGAGAAGAUUGUUGAGAAGUGUAUCGAGAUGUGGACUGGGUAUCUGGCUAUUGAUGCUCUUGUCGCCGAGUGCGAGGCUUUGGGUCGACCUGUCGCAAAUGAAAUGAAGAAAUGGGGCGUGGACAUCUUCGGCAAGCGUGACGGAGAACUCGAACUCACGACGCUCGGAAACGGCGCGGCUAAUUCCCAUGACUCUGGUAUCGCCACUCCAUCCUCGAACCAGCAGUCUCCUAAUAGAACCGCAGAUGAUGACGAUGAUGAUAUUGUUGCGGUCUCUCGAAAGCCUAACAACCAAUCUCGUUUCAUCUCACAACCGUCUAUCAUGGCCGAUGAUCUUGAGAUGAAAGAUUAUCAGAUUGUGGGUAUCAAUUGGCUGAACCUUUUGUUCGAGAAAGAGAUGAGCUGCAUUCUGGCAGAUGACAUGGGCCUCGGGAAAACCUGUCAAGUUAUCGCAUUUCUUGCUUCCCUUUUCGAGAAAGGUACCAGGGGACCCCACCUCAUCGUUGUGCCGUCUUCCACCAUCGAGAACUGGCUUCGUGAGUUCCAGAAGUUCUGCCCGGCGUUGAACGUUAUGCCAUACUACGCCGGGAUCAAAGAGCGUGGGGCGAUCCGCGAUCAUAUCGAGGAUAACCGCGAUGAUAUCAACGUGGUCAUCACCACCUACACCAUUGCCAAAGCCAAGGAGGAUUCCAAGUUUUUACGCGACAUGAAGUUUACAGUUUGUGUCUUCGAUGAAGGCCACAUGUUGAAAAAUUCCGAGUCUCAAGUGUACGAAAAACUUAUUCGCAUAUCGGCACGCUUCCGUCUCCUUCUUACCGGUACGCCGCUUCAGAACAACCUACAGGAGCUGGCGUCUCUUCUCGGUUUCAUCUUGCCUCGGGUUUUCCAGGAGCACAAGGAAGAUCUCAAGGCAAUCUUCUCCAACAAGGCAAAGACCUCGGAUGAAUCACAUGCGACAUUGCUGUCCGCACAACGCAUUGAACGUGCGAAGUCCAUGCUCAAGCCAUUCGUACUUCGCCGCAAGAAGCACCAGGUUAUUGACCUUCCCGCUAAGCAUUCUCAUGUCCAGUACUGCGAGAUGAAGCCGUCGCAGCGCAACAUCUAUGACAAUGAGAAGGAGCAGGUGCGCCUGCUUCUGGAAGACCGUGCCGCCGGCAAGAAGACUGGCUCUAGGUCUGCCAACAUCCUCAUGAAGCUCCGCCAAGCCGCCAUUCACCCUCUCCUCCGCCGCCAACACUACACCGAUGCCAUUCUCCGCAAGAUGUCUAAGGCUUGUCUCAAAGAAGACAAAUGGUCCCUGUCCAACCCCGACAUCAUCUACGAGGAGCUGCUGCCAUACAACGAUUUUGAGUGCCACCACAUGUGCAUCGACAACCCGAAUUCGUUGGGCAAGUUCAAGCUUAAGAACGAGGAAUGGAUGGACUCAGGCAAAGUCGACGAACUGCGCGCGCUCCUCACGCGCUUCAUCGAGAAUGGAGACCGCACCCUGAUCUUCUCCCAGUUCACCAUGGUCAUGGACAUUCUGGAGAACGUCCUGCAAACCCUCCAGAUCGAGUUCGUCCGUCUAGACGGCCGCACCAGCGUCGAGGACCGCCAGUCCAUCCUCGACCAUUUCCACGAACACACCUCCAUCCCCGUCUUCCUUCUCUCCACCAAAGCCGGUGGUGCGGGUAUCAACUUGGCUUGCGCAAACAAAGUCGUCAUUUUCGACUCCUCCUUCAAUCCUCAGGAGGAUGUGCAGGCUGAGAACCGCGCCCACCGGGUUGGUCAAACCCGUGAGGUCGAAGUCUUCCGCUUCGUCACCCGCGACACCAUCGAGGAGCAGAUCUAUGCUCUUGGCCGGACUAAGCUGGCGCUUGACCAUGCUGUCGCGGGUGACGAUGAGGCCUCCGGGAAGAAGAGUGAGGAGGAGGGGAUGAAGGUCGUGGAACGCAUGGUGCUGGCGGACCUGGAGAAAGAGAAAGGUGCGGAGCCGAAUGGCGUUGAGAACAAGGCGGAGUAG